AUGUCGGAGGCGGAUCCGUCCAAGCACCUGGAACCCCCAAGCAAGACUACCGAGCUGGAAGAUCCAGGAGCUCAGGAUAAUGGUUCGUUCCCAACCCACAGGCCCCUGAGCCUGACAAACCCCAGGCGACUGACCGAAAGCCUCUCACUCUUUAUAGCUUCCAGCAGCGAUGAAGAUCAUUUUUCCGAUGCGAGCGAAGGCCAGGACCCCCCCCAAAACAAGCCCCCCAGUCCGGCCACACCUCUCCUAGUAGAGCGGGUGGACGAUAGCACUCUGCAUGGUGAAUUACCAGGGACUACUGCAUAUGAGAAACGAGAACAGGACGCUGUACCAGACGAGAUAGAGGUUAUUCCAGAAGGGUCACAAAGCAGAUCUCAAUUCCAAGCGGGGUUACCAGAUCGACCUUUGACCCCGGGCGGCAAGCCAAUUCCAUAUACAAUGGUUGAAAAAGUCGACCCAGAUCAACCUAGCUACGGCGACGUUCCAGGAACAGAAGCAUACAACAAGCGCCAGGCUGAUGCUGUGCCCGAUAGCGUCAUGAAGGCAUCCGACUCCGAGAGCCAGCCGGUACUGCCUUCUCUGGACGACGCCUCUGCGGACAGCAACUCGGCGAGUCAAUCGAUUCCAGAGACUCGAAUCUCAAGAGUGGACACAGACCCCUCUCAAGAAGAGGAUGUUCCCUCACGACCGCGAGCUCAUCAACGGUCUCCGAGUGACGCUACUCCUGACGUUGUGGAAACAAUUUACGAUGCACCAUUAUCACCAAAGCUUGAGACCCCACAGGAAAUUAUAUCACGAGGAAGUGCUUUUGAAGAAGAGGUGGCGCCUGAGAAUGAGCAAAAUGCGGGCGAUGACUUUGAUGAAUUUGUCGAAGAGCAAGAUGACGAUUUUGGCGACUUUGAUGAUGGCUUCCAAGAUCCUAGCCCUGAAGUCGAAAGCGCUCAGCAGCCUCCUGCCCUCCCAUCCGUACCUGCACUCGUCGACUUUGACGUGUUCAAAACCACCUCCGACCUGAUCUCUGCCCUUCAAGGGACGCUCGACAACCUCCUUCCCAAUUCGCAAGACCUCGACUCCCUACCCCCAGUAGAACCAAUACCCGACUCCUCAGCAAUCUUCAGCACCGAACGCUCUCUCUCCCUCUGGUCCCAACUCGUAGCCCCUCCCCCCCUCCAACCUCAAAACUGGGUAAAAUCUCGCAUCCGUCGCCUCUUCCUUGUCUCCCUCGGCGUGCCUGCGCCGGCGCAAUCUCACCCAGCCGCUCGCGCAGCCAAGCGCCCAACGAAGGCGGCGCCACAACCCCCCUCAGGCCCAGCAACGACAGGGCCAGCUCCUACGCGCUCAAAGGGUCGUCGCGGUGCCGCCCAGCCCCCUGAGCUCGAUCUCUCUGCUGUUCGCCGUCUGUGUGCUACUACUGACGCUGCGCUGAGCGGACUGACUGAUGACGAGCUCAAGUCUCAUGUCCAUGAGCUGGAGGCUGUGACUCGGCGUGCGAGCGAACUGCUCGAGUACUGGCUGAAAAAGAGAGACGGGCUUGUGGGCGAGAAGGAGGCUUUUGAGGGUGUCAUUGAGAAUCUUGUUAGCCAUGUUCGGAGAGUUAGGAAGUAG